GUACAUAAACUUUGUUUUUACAAGUAGUAUUAAAAACCAGUUCCCCACCUCUUGUCCCUCAUCUCAUCUCCAUUAAAUUUCUCUUUCUAUCUCUAGAGUUAUAGCUUUACUAUUCUACUUCAUACCCACUACUGUACUAUCUCUCUCUAUAAAACUACAAAACCAAAUUAAAAUGCCAACUUCUUCAUUCUUGAGACAGAUAAGCAGCAGCAGAGAAGCUUGGAGAUCAACUUCAAACAGGUGGGGUUUCAGUAGUAAUUUUAACAGCAGCAGUAGUAAAAGCUUGAAGCAGAUGGAAGGGUAUUACAGUAAUAUGCAUAGUUACAGUAGUGAUAAUGGUUUGGUGAUGAGAAAGAGAGUGAUGGUAGUGGUGGAUAAUUCUUCUUAUUCAAAGCAUGCAAUGAUGUGGGCUUUAACUCAUUCUGUUAAUAAGGGGGAUUUGCUUACUUUGCUUCAUAUUAUCCCUAAUCCUUCUGAAACACCCGACUCUUCUUCUUCUACUACUCCUUAUCUUGCUAAUUCUCUUGGCUCUCUCUGCAAGGCUUGUAAACCUGAGGUUGAAGUAGAAGCACUAGUAAUCCAAGGGCCAAGGCUAGCUACAGUGAUGAACCAAGUGAAGAAGCUAGAUGUGUCUGUCCUUGUUCUAGGCCAGAAAAAACCCUCUUCCCUUCUCAAUUGUCUCUGUGGAACAAGCAGCAGUGAAGAGUUUGUGGAGCAAUGCAUAAAUAAUGUAGAGUGCCUAACAAUUGGAGUAAGCAAGCAAAGCAAAAGUGUAGGUGGUUACCUUAUCAGCACCAGAUGGAAAAAGAAUUUCUGGCUCUUGGCUUAGUUCAAAGUUUAAGAAAUUUAAUAAUUAAUAAUUCUAAUUAGAUUAGAUGUAAUUGUUAGUUUUAGAUCUUAAUCUCACUCUUUGUAAACUACUACUACUAAGUGCUAACUAGAUCAUAUUCUCUGUCUCUUCUCUAGACUUGAUAACCCAUAGUAACUUUGCAAUAAAUGUAAUAUUAAAUGCAUUAUUGAAGUGUUUUAUUUAGCCCUAUA